AACUGAAAAUUGAAACUUGAAAGCAAACAGCAAUUAGUUGACCAGCUGAUCUUUCUUCGAUUACCUACCGUACAUGCUUAUGAAACGCAUCAGAUUCUGUCAAAUUUGCCGAAAGUGCUUCAAAAAGGGACCCAUUUUGUAAGCCCCCAAUUUGCCCCUUUGACCUCUCAUACAAACAAGCAUAAACCCCACACAAACUCUUGAUCAAUAAUUAAAAAAUAGAAAAAAAGAAACCCCUUUUAACGAUUUGUUUCCAUUUUCAAGAAUCAUUCAUAGUGCUUCGUUGAAUAUUCACAGGUUUCCACCACAUGCUUCUCAUGUCUGCCCACUCCUUUUUGUCACUUUCAUUACCAAGAUUUCACCUUUUUAGAGAUAUCUAAAGUCAAACAGCUGGAGCAGGAGAGUUUUGAGUUAUUUGUCAAGUUCUGAAGCAUAUACAAGUCAGAAGUCAAAGAUAGCUGGUUGACUCUUGGUAUUCAUUUCACUUGUCAAAUUCUGAAGCUUCUGCAAGUUAAAAGACAAUGUAUCCAAGGGUUAAGGUGAGGGUACAGAAAGAAGAAGAUGAUCAGUAUGCUUAUCAGUCUUUGCCUUCUUUGAAGGCUUUUGAAUCCCUUUCCAUAACUGACUUCUCUUCUUCAGAUGAUUCUCCUACAUCAGUUGUGAGGAUACCCCGAGCAUGUAUCUUAAGCCCAGACAGACAUGGGCUUCCAUCAUCGAGAGGGAGAACCAAGGACAAUAACCAAAGCAUUUUUGGUGGAAGCAAAACAAAUGCAAGGGCCACUUCAGUCCCUCGACCACGUGCAGUCUUAUCAAGCCCUGAUAAUGAUCAAAUGAUAAGCACGAGGAGCAAGACGAAAGCAGAAGUACUUUCAGGCUUGAAGAAUCAUAAUUCAUGUCAAAACAGACAUCAUAUCAAGUGCAAAACUUUUCCAAAAUCAAUUCAAGAUUCACAUCAUACAAGUGGAAAUAAGGGCUCAAAAGAGACGGAUGAUGGGAAACUUGAUUCUCGAGCAAGAUCAAGGCUAGUGAAAGGUUAUCCACGUGGAAGAACACACCUUCAGGAAGGAGAUCAACAUUCUGUUCGUUCAAAAGUAAAACAGUAAGCAGUCCAUUUUGGCUAAGUAAUCAACUCAUUCUAGCCUGCAUAUACUAAUUCUAAAAGUUUCUGAGUGAUGCUACUCCACUUGACGAAAGUUAUAACUGAACUUGAAACUCUUCAAAGAGAAACCUUAUUUAGAUGAUUCUUUUUAUGAAAAGACUCAUCCUCUCUGCAGAAAAUUCUGCAUUUUCAGACUCUUGAUGUUUUGCCUCUUAUGUUCUUCUAUGUGACUACACUGAUAUCUAGCUAUAACAGUGCCAUCAUCCAGCGCUC